UUGUCGGUUCGGUUACCGCUAGCUCACACUGAACACUCACGUUUACGUUCUCGCGCGAUACGCAGCUGUGGAUAAGUCAAAACUCUCGCAAAGUGAAAAGGAUAACGAUUAGGCCUGAAGAAGCCCCACAUCGUUCAGCGCGACAAACAAAGAACUCGUCCAAGCCAAGAUGCCGGCCAACAAUAAAAAGAACGCCUUCUUCUACUUCGUGCUCGAGAUGCUAAAAAAAUCCGGCAGCAAGAUGGACAUCAAGGACGCGUGCAAAGAUCCCGAGAUCAGCGACAAGUGGAAGCACAUGAGCGAGCACGAGAAGGCCAAGUACAAGGCCAUGGAGAAGACCGCCAAGCCCAACCAGAAGAAGAGGACCGGCCUCGGCGAGGAUCUGUCCGAACUCGAGAGGGAGAGAAUGCGCGAGAAGCAGUUCGCCGAUGACAUGCGCGAAUACAUAACAAACAAGGUAAUCACCUCUAGACAGGAGAACCGGCUGCAAUACAUGACGUUCUACGUUAUCCAUUGCAAUUAUUACUACAAGAGAAUCGUUCCGGAGCGCAAAGAGACUGAAUUUUGCCCAGCCGAGAUUUGCAUCAUCGAGUGCAACAUCCAAGAGGGCAUAAGGCGUGUUUAUUUGCAACACGUCACCCCCAAAAUCAAGAUUGGAUACAGUGCCGAAGCUCGUACUCACAGCGACAGUACUCACAACAUCCCUGUAGCUGCCCACUUUGGAGAUAAGACCUUCAAAGAAAUGUACGAAGAUAUUUGCAAAUUCAUCAUGCCUGGUAAGGAAGGCACCAGAUUGCCUCCACUGUUUACUCUACGCCAGAAACUGGAAAUUUGUUCUUCUGUAACUUCUAUUAUGGAUCAGUUGGCUGAAGCUGCAGGUGAACCUACUGAUUUAAUUCGCAUUUAUUCCCUAGAAGAUCUUUUUGCAAGUAUAUACAAUGCCAGUCUUGAUCAUGUAGCAACUACUUUUGAACCGCUACAUGCUCAAAUUGAAUUAUCAAAAGAUCCUUACUGUUACGUUUACGGAAUUCAAUGUGAUUAUCAUACUGCUCUUAAGGGUGGAAUGCCAUUUUGUAGUCAAUCAUUUGUAAAAAGAUGGUUCUUUUUGAUUUGUGAUUUUGUUUGUCAAAAUCUGAAUGUCGUUCCGAUUCAAGGUGUUCAUGCUCCACCUAAAGUACCUAUUGAAACGAGCAUUUUAAAUUCUUCAAUGAAGAAUUUGACCAUGAACGAUAGUAAGAGAGCAACUUCUUCGAUGUCAGACAUUAGCUUAAAAGUAAAACAACGUAUAGCUGAGAAAAAUAACAAACUGGAUGAUGAAAAAGAAAUCUCUAUUAUCAUGCACACUAGAAAUGAUAUCAAUGAAAAGUUAAAAACUCAAGAACCUGUUGAAAGACCACUUCGAACUCCAUACACUAGAAGUGCUGGCUAUCAUCAACCAAAUGUUGCUUUGAAUCAAGCCAAUUUCCCGGAGCUUGGGCAGAAGAAACGUAAUCAUUGAUUAUGAUUAGUAUCAAAAAAGUAUUUGCAUUAAAUAAAUAAUGUUUUAUAUGUCGUGACUAGUAACUCCUUUCUUACUAGAUUUAAUUUUUUUUUUAAAUCAAUUCAAGAAUUAAAAAUUAAUUUUGUUGGAUAAAUAUCAUUAUUUAAACUUAUAGUUUUUUGUUGUAUUGAAAAGGUAAUUCAAAAAUAAAUAUUUGUAUUAAGAAUUAUAUGUAUAAAUAAAUUGUCAUAAGAUUAUAAUAUUUAUUGAAAAGUUUCUAAUAAAGCUUACACUAUAUAAAUUCA